UGCACUAUGACAAUACCACCUAGUUCCUGUCCCAGCUGUGAUGAGUAUAAAAAAGCUCGCCGGCUUUAUUUCCACUGACUCUGAGUGUGUGUGUGGGUGUGUGAGUGUGUGUGUGUGUGUGUGAGAGAGAGAGAGAGAGAGAGAGAGAUCUUAUAUUAAUCUUAUGAAAAUCUUAAUCUGAUAUUAACAUGGCCAAAAUGAAGGCGCAGGAUCUCAGGGGUGCACAAGAAAGCAGUUCCAGAAUGCUAAAGGACCAGAAUGAAGGAAAGGUUCAGUUGAGGAAGAAGGUGACACUGCUGCGUGGGAUCUCCAUCAUUAUAGGAACCAUCAUUGGUGCUGGAAUCUUCAUCUCACCCAAGGGCAUCCUAGAGAACGCAGGCAGCGUCGGAAUGUCCCUGGUGAUAUGGGUGGCUUGUGGGAUUCUGUCAUUAUUUGGUGCUCUGUCCUACGCUGAGUUGGGGACCUGCAUUAAGAAGUCCGGUGGUCAUUACACCUACGUUCUGGAGGCAUUCGGUCCAGCCGUGGCUUUCAUACGUUUAUGGGUGGACAUCAUCGCUAUACGGCCUGCAGGAAUGGCUGUGAUUUCCCUGGCAUUCGGCCGGUACGUGUUGGAGCCGAUUUUUAUGCCGUGUGGCGUACCUGAGCUCGCAAUCAAGCUCGCUACAGCAAUUGGACUCACUGCCGUCAUGUACAUUAACAGUAUGAGUGUGAGCUGGACAGCCAGGCUGCAGAUCUUCCUCACAUUCAGUAAACUUCUCGCCAUGGCCAUCGUCAUCUUACCCGGACUCUAUCAGCUGUUCAGAGGUGAGACCAAAAACUUCCAGAACGCAUUCGAGGUGGAUGCGGUGAAGCUGUCUGGCCUUCCCCUGGCCUUCUACUCCGGGAUGUACGCCUACGCCGGCUGGUUUUACUUGAAUUUUGUCACAGAAGAAGUGGCUCAGCCAGAAAGAACUGUCCCAUUGGCCAUUUGCAUCUCCAUGGUGAUUGUAACCGUAUGCUACACGUUGACCAACGUUGCAUAUUACACUGUAAUGUCAGCAGAGGAGUUGCUCGCCUCAAGUGCCGUUGCCGUGACCUUUGCUGAGAAAAUUUACGGGAAUUUAUCUGUCGCAGUGCCCAUUUUUGUGGCUCUUUCCUGCUUUGGUUCUAUGAAUGGAGGCAUUUUUGCCAUCUCCAGAAUGUUUUAUGUGGCUUCUCGAGAAGGCCAACUUCCUGAAGUUCUGUCUAUGGUUCAUGUCCACCGUCACACUCCAGUAGCUGCUGUAAUUGUCCUGUACCCCCUCACCAUGCUCUUCCUGUUCGUCGGAGACCUCUACAGCCUGCUGAACUUUAUGAGCUUCCUGCGCUGGCUCUUCAUCGGCCUGGUUGUGGUCGGCCUCAUCUACAUGCGCCACACACGACCCGAAAUGCCACGCCCCUUCAAGGUCCCAAUCUUCAUCCCAGCAGUUUUCUCCUUCACCUGCUUCUUCAUGGUCUUCCUCUCGUUCUACUCCGAUCCGGUCAACACAGGGAUCGGCUUUGCCAUCACGCUCACGGGAAUACCGGCCUACUACAUCUUCAUCGUUUUUGACAGAAAGCCCAAGUGGUUCCAAAAACUCUCAGAAUCCAUGAACAAAUCCUUACAAAUCCUCUUGGAGGUGGUCCCUGCCGAGAACUGACCUUUCCAGACACCACUCUUGCAUCACUCGGUCUUUCAUUUCGUCUCUCUUAUAGAACACACUGUCUUCAUCCUGCUCUCAUUUUCAUUCCUCUUUUAUGUUUUAUAGAAAACCCUCCCCCGAGUGACCGCUUCUCAAUCCAUUACUCCACAAGGGAGGAACGAGCGAGACCUUUCAGUGCUCAUACAAGAAAAACAACUUUCACUCUCUCAGUUUUCACUACUCAGUCUGAUAUCAUACGCUUUGCUUUUUAGCCGUGCCUUGUAUUAUUCGGUGCCUAUUUCUUUGAAAUAUCAGAUCUUUGUAGAGUAAUCUCAGAACAGAAAACAUUCAGUAAGUGAAUGUUCAAUAAAUAUUCAUCAGGUUGUAGGAAACACUGCUAUUAUAAUGUUUCUCACAGAGCAUUCUCAGACAAAAAAAAAAAAAAAUACAGUACUAUUAUGCAAAAAUCUGUGAUAACAUUGAAACUUCAAACUAGCAUCAGUGUUAAAUUUCCUCCUUAAAACAUCCAAUGAUGUUCUCGGUAGGUACUCACAGAAAUAUAUAU